AUGACGGAAGCCGGUGACAUCGUGGUUGCCGGCGACACUCGUGGCGCUCUUGAUGGCCAAAGAAAUGCUGGCUAUAAUGACGUGCUCCUCAUGAAGUUCACUGGGGCAGGAGACUGGCUCUGGAGUCGACAGCGGGGAUCCAGCUCCGCAGAUAUCGUCUCGGACAUGCAGCUAGUAGGCAACGACUUUGUCCUGACUGGCUACACUGGCGGUGAUCUCGACUCGUACGUGAAUGCUGGUGGUGCGGACGUGUUCCUGAUGAAGUUGGACAGUGAGGGCUCCUGGCUUUGGACACACCAGCGUGGCUCUGCCUUCGAAGACCAUGGAACGGCGCUCAUGAUCAGCACUGGUACAAUCUACGUGGUCGGUGACACAAGAGGUUCUCUGGAUGGAAACAUCAACAAAGGCUUCGCGGAUAUCUUCCUUAUGGAGUUCGACAGUGAAGGCAAUUGGCAGAGGACGCAGCAGCGAGGCACUGUGGCUGACGAUGUUGCCACAAGCGCUCUGCUUUUUGGCAGUGGCUUUGCUGUUGCUGGCUUCACACAGGGAGCCAUGGAUGGAAACACCAAUGCUGGAGAUGAGGAUGUCUUCGUGAUGGAGUUUGAUCAGAAUGCUUCCUGGCUGCGGACACUGCAAUGGGGCACAGCAGGACGUGAUUUUGCCAGUGCAAUUGCCAGAGUGGACUCAAGUGACCUCCUCGUCGCUGGUCGGACCUCGGGAAGCCUCGCUGGCUUCAG